GCAUGCUCAGCCGUCCUUGACAACAAUACAACAGCUAAAUGGACGAUGAUUAUUGGUGUUACAGUAACGCUGUACUAAUCCCCUCGGUAGCUAUUCUUGCUAUAAUCAUUGUAAUAGGCUCAAUUGGCAACAUCUGCGCUUGUCUCGUGAUUAUUAGAACAAAAUCCCUGCACACACAUGCCAACUACUGCUUGCUGGGUCUUGCUUGUUCGGAUAUGCUCCUCCUUUUUCUAGCUUGCCCAGUGCAAACGUAUUACUUUAUCAGCUGCCACUCCAGUAACAAAUUUGUGUGCAAGUUAUACUACUUCAUAAAAGAGACAUAUGGUUUUACUUCAAUAUUUACUAUCUGUGCCUUUACAGCGGAGCGGUGGUUGGCUGUA